AGAGAGAAUAGGUAGAUUGGCCCUUGAAGAGAGAAACACUCUUCGGGUGAUAUAGUCUACGACGUCAAAAUAAUAAGGGGCUGGCCAAAAUCAAAAUAUUUUGCAAAUAAAUCUCUGUUUAAUGUAGUUUGUUGGAAUUUGAAAGGUGAAACAAGUGAAGUGAUUAGUGCUGUGCGGUAUUGUGGAGCUAAAUUAAUCGGAAAGGAAGAUUUUCAAUUCCAAGUAGUGUUUAGUGCAAAAUAUUGUUUGUAAUGGUGCCUCCGUGAACGGAAUUCGACCCACUUUUCCGUGUUGUUUUGUUGAAUUUUUAAUUUUUAAGCGAGUUGGCCGUGUACGGACCACUUAUCAACUUUAGUAGCGUUUGAAGGACCGGCCCGAGGAUGCCCAUCCUGUACAGUGUGAUCUGCCGGGGGCCCACCAUCCUGGCCAAGUACGCCGAGUGCGUGGGAAACUUUGCCGAAGUGACGGAGCAGAUCAUUCCGAAGAUCAAGCUGGAGGACCACAAGCUGACGUACUCGCACGGAAACUAUCUGAUUCAUUACAUUUGCGAAAACAGGAUCAUCUACAUGUGCAUCAGUGAUGAUGGCUUCGAACGGUCGCGGGCGUUCCUGUUUCUCACGGAAAUCAAGAAAAAGUUUAUCCAAACGUACGGGCUCACGGUGGCGACGGCCAUCGCGUACGCCAUGAAUACGGAAUUUUCGCGGACGUUGGCCCACGAGAUGAAGCACUACAGCGAGUCACGGGAGGUGGAUGCAAUUAGUCAGGUGCACGGCCAGAUCGACGAGCUGAAGGAUAUUAUGGUGAAGAACAUCGAGAAUAUCACGAAUAGGGGGGAGCGGUUGGAGCUGCUGGUGAACCAGACGGAGAACCUGCGGAAUAAUUCCGUCACGUUCCGCCAGACGUCCCGCAACCUGGCCCGCACCAUGUUCUGGCGCAGCGUCCGGAUGUACUGCCUGAUCGGGGCGAUCCUGCUGUUUGUGAUCUACAUCGUGGUGAGCAUGUCCUGCGGCGGUCUGCUCUGGUCCAGCUGCAUCCACAGUGGCGGUGCCCCGAAGGUGACUCCGACGCCGGUUCCUCCCCCACCUGCUGCUCCGGCCACCGAUCCGGUACUUUAGAUUGGAGUCGUUUGUCAUGACGAUGGGUUCUUCCGACGAGACGGAACUUAGAUUUGUGUUGAAUGCAAUCGGAAAGACUUGAUCGAAACUAGGAGCAAAUAAAGGCUUUUUUUGUGUGGCAAACUCGAACUUUGCUGGUUUUCCAAAGGGGGUGAAUCCUGUUUUGUAACUUCUCUAAAUAAAUGUUUAGAACGGUGUAA